UUUCUCUUAUGUUCUGUUUCUAGAUCCCUCUACGAUAUGUGCUCCCUCUCCGAUUCUGAUUUAGGGUUCCUGGUUCUGGCUGAGUUCGAUGAUUCCAAGAUGACUUGUUUGCUUUGUUUAUUCGAAUGAAUAUGAAAAUUAGCGCGAUAUUGUGACCAAUCUCCGUUUUAGGAUUGUUAUUUUUCUUUUUGUGGUGUAGUUUGGUGUUCGUCGUCGAUCAAGAGAGACCUUGGUUGUUGAAAUAACUCUGAAAACAAACUCUCCUGCGCGAGUUGGACACGAGAUAAAAAAAGGGUGCAAUUCAAAUUUGAUGCAACGAUUGAAGUUGGUAUUGAAAUUGGGUCUCUUCGUGCUGUAAAUUUAUACAUUUGUGAUCUAUACUCGCCAAACUUGUGUUUCUUCAUCCGAAUCUAUGGAAAGAUAAUUUAUUUGCUUAGAAAUUUGCAUCAUGGAAUGGCAAAGGGAAAAAAGUUCCUCCUGAAACGUGGCUGGGUGAGUGAAUCUUUGAGCGAGAAUCCCGAAUUACAUCAUUAUGUUGUGAUGCAGUCUUAUGAUGGCAUGCUACUCUGUCUUUAGGGAUAAGAAACUAUUUUGGAAGAAACACCCAAAAUCGAGUGUGCAUCUCUCCAACCUUAGUUCGCCUGCACAAGUAAGAUUAUCAGCAAGCUCGAUUCCACAGAGUAAUUUGCAAGAGAUUGGCCCUCUCUCAGCAGCAUCCAAUCAGCUCUUCGCCCAUGGAUUACCAUCCUUGAGACCUGGUUUGGCUAGGCACCGCAGACCUCUGGAGCCUGUGAGAGCGUAUGCAAAUGACUUCUUCAAAAUCAAGUUGCCUAAAACCAUGGAGAAACCUGAAUGGUGGUGGAGGACCUUAGCUUGUGUCCCAUAUCUGAUUUCUCUCCAGAUUUCUGAUGUCGGAUACUACCUUCAGCCGUUCUUGGAAAGGCAUGACGCGAUUGGGGAUAUGAUAUACUUUAUCCCCGGAGCAAUAACAAGAUGGCCGACCUGGUUCUUCAUGGCAUAUUGCUACAUAGGGUAUCUGUGGGUGAUCAAGAACAAGGAUUUACCUCACUAUUUCAGGUUCCAUGUGAUGAUGGGGAUGUUGUUGGAGACGGCUCUACAGAUAGUAUGGUGCACGAGCAACUUUUUCCCGCUGAUCCACUUCAAAGGGCGGCUCGGGAUGUACUACUGGGCGGCUAUCGGGUUCACAUACAUAUGCCUGCUUCUGGAAUGCAUAAGGUGUGCCCUUGCUGGAGUGUAUGCUCAUAUACCAUUCGUCAGGGACGCAGCUUUCAUCCACACGCUCUUCAACAUGGGAGGAUUCCAAAGGCCAUUGAGAUGAACUGUUGGCUUCAGCAUAUAACUCUUGAAAGGAAGAAAUAAAUGACAUUCAGGCGGUUUUGUCAUGAUUGUCCUUUUCACAUAUGUGUCCCUAUUCCACCUAGUUUUUUCC